GACUGUCGGGGCCGCCGCCGCUCCGGUUCGGUGGAUGGCCGGGUUGAUGGCGCUAGGAAGUGCCAGACAGGCUCUAAGCAGGUUAUGUAUGUAGCCUAUUUAUUUACCGGUGGAAACCACUCCAGUUUUGCUCUGUGAAUUGCUUCCCCCACCCCCGUGAAGGACAAGGAAACCGUAGUUUUGAAACAGGGAGAUAGAAUUUCCCCAAAAGUUGAAAGUGGCAGAAGUGUGGCUCUCCCUGGACAGUCGAUUUCGGCUCGGGUUGAGGUGGCCAGUCUUGUCAGCACUUGAUGCCAGGUUUGUUGUGCGUCUCUCAGGUUUUCAGAGAUCUCCCGGAAGAGGAGCAUCCCUCUCUCCGAGCCGAUUGUGCAGGGUGACCAUCCAUGCCUCUCCUAACCCAGCACGUUCAGGACGAGGAUGAACAGUACUGCCUGGUGGCCAGCCUUGACAACGUGAGGAAUCUCUCCACGGUCUUGAAAGCCAUUCAUUUUAAAGAUCACGCCGCGUGUUUUGCUACUAAAAAUGGACUCAAAGUUACAGUGGAAAAUGCAAAGUGUGUGCAAGCCAAUGCCUUUAUUCAGGCUGAAGUGUUCCAAGAAUUUAUCAUUCAGGAAGAAUCUGUUACUUUCCGAAUUAACUUAACUAUCCUUUUAGACUGUUUAUCUAUUUUUGGAUCAAGUCCUACGCCAGGGACGCUAACCGCUCUUCGGAUGUGUUACCAAGGUUAUGGCCACCCUUUGAUGCUGUUUCUAGAAGAAGGGGGGGUGGUGACAGUCUGCAAAAUUAACACUCAGGAGCCUGAAGAGACUCUGGAUUUUGAUUUCUGUAGCACCAAUGUUAUGAGUAAGAUUAUCCUGCAGUCAGAGGGGCUCCGGGAAGCAUUUUCUGAGUUGGACAUGACAAGUGAUGUUCUACAGAUCACCGUGUCUCCUGACAAGCCCCAUUUCAGGUUAUCUACUUUUGGAAAUUCAGGAAGCUCCCACCUUGACUAUCCCAAAGAUUCUGACUUGAUGGAAGCAUUUCACUGUAAUAAGACCCAGAUUAACAGAUACAAACUUUCUCUACUGAAACCCUCUACAAAGGCAUUAGCUUUGUCCUGUAAGGUAUCUAUUCGGACAGAUCAUCGGGGAUUCCUCUCCUUACAGUACAUGAUUAGAAAUGAAGAUGGGCAAAUAUGUUUCGUGGAAUAUUACUGCUGCCCCGAUGAAGAGGUUCCUGAGUCCUGAGUUGUUGCUGGCGGAUCUGUGUGUGUGUUUAUAUUUGUGUUGUCACUCGGACUGCAUACCUUCAUGAUUUCCUACGGGAUUGUCUGUAGAGACUCUGGGGAAGACAGGAGCAAGGUCCCAUUUUGCAAAUAUCUUUAUUUUGUGAAUAAAUGUUUUCAUAUAGCCAUAAAGUAUCUGGCUUAUUGUA